AUGUACCAAUCCCUCUUUGUCGCUGCUUCUCUUCUGUACGCGGCCCGCGGCCAACUGGUCGGGACGUCGCAAACAGAAACGCAUCCUAGCAUGACAUGGCAGUCUUGCACUGCCAAAGGAAGCUGUACCACCAAGAAUGGAAAAGUUGUCCUCGACGCCAACUGGCGCUGGCUUCAUGUCAAGGGAGGCUACACCAAUUGCUACACGGGCAACACGUGGGAUUCGACAUCAUGCCCCGACAACAAGGCCUGUGCUACAAACUGUGCAAUCGAUGGGGCGGACUAUACAGGCACCUAUGGAAUCACUGCCAGUGGCAACUCUCUGAAGCUCAAGUUUGUCACCAAAGGCUCGUACUCAACCAACAUUGGUUCGCGAACCUAUCUCAUGAAAGACGACUCUACGUAUGAGAUGUUCAAGUUCACUGGCAACCAAGAAUUCACCUUUGACGUCGAUCUCUCGAAGCUGCCCUGCGGAUUCAAUGGAGCACUCUACUUUGUCUCCAUGGAUGCAGACGGCGGCCUUAAGAAGUACUCGACUAACAAGGCCGGCGCCAAGUACGGCACUGGAUAUUGCGAUGCCCAAUGCCCCAGGGACCUCAAGUUCAUCAACGGCGAGGGUAAUGUCGAAGGGUGGCAACCAUCAGCCAACGACCAGAAUGCGGGCGUCGGUGGCCACGGUUCGUGCUGCGCGGAGAUGGAUAUUUGGGAGGCAAACUCGGUCAGCACGGCCGUGACCCCCCACUCAUGCUCUACCAUUGAGCAGUCCCGCUGCGACGGCGACGGAUGUGGUGGCACAUACUCUGCGGACCGGUAUGCGGGCGUGUGCGACCCGGACGGCUGCGACUUCAACAGCUACCGCAUGGGAGUCAAGAAUUUCUACGGCAAGGGCAAGACAGUCGACACGUCUCAGAAGUUCACCGUCGUCACGCAGUUCAUUGGCACGGGCGACAACUUGGAGAUCAAGCGCUUCUACGUGCAGGGCGGCAAGACAAUUGCACAGCCUGCAUCCACCAUCCCCGGCGUCGACGGCAACUCCAUCACGACCAAGUUCUGUGACCAGCAGAAAUCUGUGUUUGGCGAUCGCUACACGUUCAAGGAGAAGGGCGGCAUGGCCAACAUGGCCAAGGCGCUUGCCAAUGGCAUGGUGCUCGUCAUGAGUCUGUGGGAUGACCAUCACAGCAACAUGCUUUGGCUCGAUUCCACCUACCCCACCGACAAGAACCCGGAUACUGAUCUCGGCACCGGCAGGGGAGAGUGCGAGACUACCAGUGGUGUGCCAGCCGAUGUUGAGAGCCAGUACCCCGAUGCUACUGUUACUUAUAGCAACAUCAAGUUUGGGCCUUUGAACUCUACAUUCGGUUAG